UAUAUCAAUCAGCUGUUCCUUUUACGGUGAAGGUACAGUGCAAAAGACAUCUUUACGCACCAUUUCCGAAGACAAUUCUCUUGUUGCCAUGGUAACAAGACGCAGCUGGUCAUCUUAAUACUGUAGUUACUGUACGCAGCGUUGUAAACAAAAGUAUUUGAUCACUGAGGGAACUUAAAUCACCAGAUGGAUCUCGCAGAGACAAUGAAGAACAUAGUAGCAAAAGGCAUUCAGACAGAAAUGGGGCCUCCAUUUCCUGGACCAGGUUACGUUACAGAGAAGUUGUACAUGUUACUACAACUGUAUCUUCAGAACAAGGGAUGGAAUCCAUCUGUAGAACUGCUGCAGUGUUUUGCUGAACUGAAAGAGGCAUCUAUGCUUCCAAGUGCAGCUUAUCUACAGAUGAUGGCCUCGCGCGUGGCGCUGGACGCCCAGGGACGCCUGAUCCUGCGGGAGAGCGGCAGGAUCAUCCUGCCGUACGAGCACUUCGCCAACGCCGUCAUGCUGAAGCACAUGAACGGCCCCCACGGGCUGCACCUCAGCCUGGAAGGGACGGUCCGGGCGGUGAUGGAAUCUUACACAAUUGGCCGGGAGUGUUUCGGCAUGGAAAAAGAGUUUAUCGUGGAGGUUGUACAGAACUGCCCGAACCCGGCUUGCCGUUACUACAAGAGCCAGCUGGAGAUGUCCCAGAAGUCGCUUCACAUGAGUGGGGCUCCCACUUACAUACCAGAGUCUACAUGCUCGACGCAGCCGCCAGACGGCGCCGGCGUCCUGCGGGGCGCCCCCUACCUGCCCCUGCCCCCUCCCCUGCACCACGGGGCCGGGGCGGUGGACCUGACGGGGCUGCAGCCCGACAAGCUGCUGCCGUCGCCGUCGCCGUCGCGGGGCGCGGACAAGGGGGCGCGGGCGGAGCACAAGGCCUCCUCCCGGCACGAGCCCCAGCCCCCGCCGCCCCCCGGCGACCACAAGCUGGCCGACUUCCUGCGCUCCAGCUUCGAGAGCCUCGAGGGUCUGUCCAGCGCCAACAAGGACUUGUUGGCACUUCAUAAUGGAGCGUGGAUCAACAAUAAUACUGUUGACUUGGACAAGAGAACUUCAAGUUCAGAAGUGGGCCAGGAGAAAAUAGUCCGUGCAUUUGCUGAAAUAAUGAAGAACAUGUCCCGCAUGAAGGCGUGCGUCCGACCAGCCAUGUGCAAGCCCUACGGGAAGCAGUCGGAGGCUCUGCAGAAAACGCUGGUGGACACGAUCCAGCUGGUGCAGUCUCUGCGCUCGUUCCUGCCCCCCCCUCACAUCGCCGUCAGCAGCUGGAAGAAUGAGGACAAGCACAGGAAGAACGGCAUGGACGAGCUCUGCGAAGCGGGCCGUAAACUAGAAUGAUUGGAGCAGCCUUGCUGCCCGGACACGGGCAGCCCUACCGCUGACAGUAUUCUAGUCAGACCAAAGACUAUGCACGAGUGAUUACGCCACACAAAUAUCUGUGAUAACUCUCUCAGAGAGGCUGGGGCAAGUUGGAUUUGUGAUGUCGGCGUCCCGGUUCGGAGGAGAAGUGCUAGGAAACCUGGCUGCGGUUUCAAGGUUCUCAAAAUUUGUAAAUAGCCAAAUUAUAACUGUUGUUGUUUUUUUUUGCAUCGUUUAUUAAUUUUGUGUUUUAAAAAUCUUUUAUUCAUUCAUUGUUUGUCCCAGAAACACUUACAAUGAUAUUCAGUGUACAUAAUAGUACUUAAGCAUAAUCAUGUGUUGUUUCUCCAUUCCAUCUGAUUGCCAUUCGAUGACUGAUCAUUUUUACAAAGCUUAGUGUUUCUUGAAAUGAAGUUUCCUUGUGUGUUCCUGCUAAUGUGAAUAUCACUGCAAGUUAGAAAUCUCACCGAUUGUGUCGCUGAAUUGCUGAUAGACGACAGGGCUUUUCUUCAGAAGGCUAUCCAAACAAUCUUAAAACUUACCUAUAAGUGAGUUUUUUGGUUUCCUGCUAUGUUUUUGUGUACUAUAAUAGCUUUUUAAAAUAGAUAGCAUAUAUUUACUUUUAGCAAUGGUCAGAUAUCAGCAAUGUAAUUGAUUCUUUUGAAUCGUAGUCCUUUUAACUUUUUAACUUGUUGGAUGUACUUUCUCUACAUACAAAUGUUAGUAUUUUUACUGGCCUAAUGACGUAUUCAUGCACAAAUAAAUUGAACUGUUUUUAGAAUGCAUAUUACAUUGAAAUUUCAAUGAUUCAGACCUGAAGGACCAUAAUUAUGGCACAUUUUGAUAAGGUUUUUUUUUAACCAGAACACUGCAUAAUUUAAUAUGAAUAUGUUUUAUCAUCCUAACAAUUACUAUUCUUACUAAAUGCAUUUACUUAAAAUGUGAACUCAUUAUGCACAGUCCAAAGCAACAAUUAUGGACUAUAACUAGCAACUACCUACUGUAUCUUGGUUGUGCAAUUCUACUUUAUUAAUGGGACUGUAGAAAUACAUCUGAUCACUGCAUUUUUAAUUACUUUUCUAUGGUUCUUUGUAAUCCUAACUAUGCUGUUAAAAUAUAUUACUUCCUAUAGCUUGCAAAGUUAACUUAAUGGCGUGUUCACCUGGCUUAAUAUUAGCGUACCCUACCUAUAAAAAUAAAUAAAUGUAAAUUUUCGUAAACAUAAUAUGUUGAAAUUGAAAUAGCCAUAGUUUCCCUAUCAAAAUACUCAAGUACCCACUUUAUUCCUCCAUACCAAUAAAGUAAAAUAUACUGCACAUAAAUGUUCCAAAAAUACAGUUUUUUUAAGGAAAACUCCAAAAACUGUAUUACGACAUGUUUUUUCCUUGGUAAACAUUUAAACAACCUACAGUAGGGUUUUUAAUGUGUACUGCUUGUGUAAAUACUUCAAGAAGGUUGAUACGAAAAAAUGGGAAUUUCUAAUUUUGCAAGUUUGUUGAAAUGAAAGUUUUUUUAUUGUUGGUUUCUUGUAAUUUUAUCUGCUCAUGUGAAGCAUACUCUUGCAUUUGUCACACAGGAUGUUUCAUCUUGAUAGGUUCUGUUUUAGAACAUUUAGAAUUAUUUGAAAGUUUAGAAAAAAAUAUUGCCAUUCUGGUAUUCAGAUUAUCUUGGUGCAUUAGCUGAACAAAGAAAUUAUUUCUGUAUAGUUAUUCAUCAUGCUCUGUUAAUGUGGUAAUCGUUGUGUUCGCCAUAUAGUAAAGGUAUUUUGUAUAACCUUGAUAGUUUGUGAAUCAGAAAACAGUUUUGUCAUGUAGAAUAAAACAAAAGAGUUAUGUUAUUGGCUAGAAGAAUGCACGGGCAAAAUCUUUCUCACCUAAAUGUUCGUUGUUAUGUGAAAAUGUUACGUAGUAAUUAAUGUUCCAAACUGAUUCUCAAGUUACAGUUUUUCAAUGUCAGUGUUGUGUUAUGAGAUUGUGGAAAUAGUGCUUAAGUAUCCUGUAAUCUGGUGUGUUUUUUUCACAUUCUUUUUGUACAUUAUCAAGCUAGACUGGUCUAGGUUUUGCUAGGUUAUGCGGGUCAGCUAUUAGAAUUCUACUUUCAUAUGGCUCACCUGCUUGGGUGGAUAGCUGCUGCAAAGUAUAGUCACGAUGGGAAUUGCCACUUCAAGGGUACUGCGGAAUUUAAGAAUGGUCACGCUCGUCCUGAUCGUAUCGGGUGACACGGAGAUAAGCGACAUGUGCUGAUCUGAUCAGGGACUUCGAGUAUCUGACGUAAUUGGAAUAUUACACCUUUGUGAAUGCUCUCGACUACCGGUGUGGUCAGCAGAGGCUUAGUUUACGUGCUUCAAGGACUUCCUACCAUACAGGGCUUAUCACGAAGGACAGGAUUAUGCGGAGAACUGAGAUAAAACCAAAAUAACACUGCAAAGCAUGUUGAUACAUUAUAUGUAUAACACCCAAAAUGCAAGUUAAUACAAUAUUUAACACAGAAAUGUAACUGAAAAAGGAAAUGCAAUCAGCAAUUUGACGAAACUUAACGGAAUUACAAAAAUUUCAUCUUUUUCCAUGGUAAAUUCAUAGAAUGUAAUUUAGUUAGCAUAUAUUUUGUACCAUGACGUAUCAGGGUGGUUACAUGCAAGAAAAACUGGGAAAAAUCAGCAAAUUCCAGAACAUCAGAGAAAACUGGCAAUUCCUGCACAUCACACGGAAAAAAGAUUUAUUAAGUUAGUGUAAUGUUGCCAUUAUUCAUAACAAAUACAUCUUUAUGUCUAUGUUGCUUGUUUAAGUUCUCGCUAGUUACGUACGAGCCUCGACAAAAUUGAGAAUAAUUCAAGACAGGAAAUGUUUCGAUUUAGCUUCUUAAUAAAUUUCUCAACCCAGAAUUUUUUGAGAAAUUUUCUUAAAAGCAUGAAAACUUAGUUUAUUGUUAAGGUAUCUCAAAAAUACUGAAGACCCGAAAUACUACGAAAUAUGCAUGUUUAUUGUCGGUUUUUUUGUGAAUUUGCGAAGUUUUUCCAAACAUGAAGCUUUAAACAAAAUUGGAUUAAUUUAAGGUUGUUAAGAAUUCAUUGUGUACAAUCAAUAAAAAUUAACCAGAUUAAGAGCAGUUGUUUGUUUUGUAUGUUAAUGUUUGCCUAAAAUGAAAUCUAUUGCGGUUUUUUUAACAUAGUACUUUUGUGUAAAAUGAAAACAUUUGGUAUUUACUGUAUAUUUGUGCAUUUCAGUGUUUAUUUCAUAGAUUGAUAAAUUUCAGUUUUAAAUACACUACCAAAUUUUUUGUCAAACAUUUUUAAGGGGUGUACUUCAUGCAGCUGUGUUGCAGUUGUGAAUGUUAUGUCUAUGUCUGUGUAGGUAGUAGUGCAGCCUUACUCAUUCUCUGUGGCAUGUUGACGCGUAUGAGACACACCUUAAUUUUCCACAAGUUCAGUUAAUAUUUGCAUGAUUAAAACAUUUUUCGUUGGUGUAUGUCUGUUACAUACAGUGAAUCCUCAUUAAUAAAAAAUUCUGUCAAUACAAAAUACUCAUUAAUACAAAGCGUUAUCGCAGUCCCUAGAAAUUAUAUAGGAGUUAUAGUGCUACGUAUUUGUUUAGUACGAAAGCGUGGUUAUUAUGUAAUACGAAGCUGUGUGUGUUCUAAGGGUAAACAAUGGACAAUUUGAGGUACCCGCCCUCUGAUAUCACAGUGACAAGUGACACACGAGGAGAGGGGACGGACUGUGGGAAACAAAGCAAGCAGUCAUUCUCUAUUGCUGCGUAUGGCCGCAAGGAAGCAUUUAAUGUUUUUCUGUUCAAGCGUUUAGGUAAUGGUACAAUUUUAUUUCAUCCUUCAUUGUAAGAGUUCAUGUUUUACACCUUGAAGAGCAUUUCACACCUUUAACAAAAAAAAAAGAACAUUUUAAAUAAUGGAAAUUUUUAAAGUUUUCAGGGACGAUCGCACAAGUACAAUUCUCAGCGCACGUGUGUGUGUGUUCUAAACACUUUGUCGCUGCAGAUUACAGAAAAGUUGAUUGCUGCGUUAGAUUCUUAAAGAAGAAUACCAAACCUGGUACUUUAACAAUCACAUCGCCUACGAAACUAAAUCCACCACUCAGAAAACUUUGUUACAGUUCAAAUGUAAGCACUCCUAGAACAUGAAAAGAAAAGUGCUAAAUUCAGAGAACUAUUUACUAAACAAAGACAGUUUCUUGUUUAUACGUGAUAUUAACAUUUAGAUCAAUGAAAAUGAAACAGUACAAGUAAGAUUAAAACCUUGUGUUUAUUCGGACAGCAUAUAGGGCUUGCCGCAUUUGGCUCUGUCACGUCUGUGCCUACUAUCCAAUUAAAUAUAACACAACUCGGUAAUAGACAAAAUAGUGUAGGAAAUAAGUUUGCAAGGUAUACAUUGCAUAAGCCCUAUAAAAACUCAGCUCAAUUUUGAAAAUUGUAUUUGUCGACACCUGCAGUGUGACCUAACAAUGGUAAUUAUGGAGGGUAGUUAGUGGUUUUCCCAUAAAACUAGAGAUAAGUGGGAAAGUGGUAUUUCUGAGUUCAAUGUUGCAAGGUAUAUAGGUAUUUUAAUGUUUUACGUCACCAUUUACCUGGAUUAUAUUGACCUUCACACUAUUGGGUAUUUCAAAAUCGAUUAGGAAUUUCAAAAUGCAGUUUUUUGCUCAUAUAUAUUAUUUUUUUAUUUAUUUGUUUUUUCAUGGAAAGGUUGUGGCUCUCCUGAAUCACCUUAUCGAAUUAUGCAAAUUCACAAUGGACAGUGGGUUAAAAAAUCUAUAUUUGCUUGUAACAUGCACUUUUCAGUUAAGAAAAAAUAAGAGCAGGCCAUAUUUUUGAGUUGUCAGUAGUUAACGCUAUGUUAAGUGAAAAAGGAAAAAGUAAAUUCCACACAGUACGAAAUUAGCCGUUCCCUCUGUCUAUUUAUUGAGAACUAGCUGCCCGACCCGGCUUCGCACGGCUAUACUAAUGGAAAAAAAUUAAGCCACAUCUUCCAUUUACAUGUGUGGAAUGGAAGUUCUUCAAGCCAUCAUAAAUUAUUUUCGUCUUUAAUAUUAUGUCCUUAAAAAUAAAAUAUAGUUUAAGUUUUGAGGAAAACUUCAUUGUAGAAGGAUACUGGUUUUCUGAAAUAAUCACGGGCAAGUUAUUUUGCAGUUAAGUAUUUUUUUUAAUAAUCAGCCAACAGUUUCUAUAUAAUCAACACAAACACUGCAACAUGUCCACACAAUGUGUCCUGCUUUAAUUCACAGUAUGCUUGAGGGUUUUCAAACCAUUAGGUUUUUCCUUUCCAAGAAUAAAAUAAAUCCGUUCUUUUCAUUUUCUUUGCCGUGGAUCGCAGUAGGCUGUAAUAAAUACGUCCUUACCGCGUAUCACUAUCCACACAUUGUUAUAAUACGUAGAAACAUAAAACCUUUACUCUUUUUUAAGCCUCUUUUUUUCCCAAGUCCUCAAGAAAGGUAAACCCUUAAACCAACUGUGAAUGAAUUCAAAUUAAUAAUGAUUUUAUUCACUGCAACUCUUUCAAAAUAACCACGGUUGAUAGUGGCGCUUCAAUCGGCCAUUAAUUGAUCUGCUUGGCUCUGCCCUAUUUCAAGUCCAUUAGGUGUAGUAAAGGAGGAUUAUCACAGCUAUACCCACAGUUUGUAUACCUUUGCUUUAUUUUUCUGUAUUAAAUCCUUUACAAUAAAAAUAAUUUUGAGCCACAGGUGUAACCAUCUUAAAAUUUUAUUUUAAUGUCCGUAAAAAAAUACAGUAGGUGCUUUAAAAAAUUGUAUGUAUACAAGUAUUCUUGGAGCAUAUAAUAUAUAUACACACCCACACAUGUAUAUUGUUUUAGGUGUGUUAGGAAAGUAGUAAAUGAUAAACAUAUUAUUAGCUUUAUUUAAUUUGAUUUAGAGACUAUAUAAAAAUUGUGAUUAAAUUUUGUAAUAGUUCGGUUAAUUGAAAGCUCAUUAUUGCAAAGUAACAAAACUAUGGUCCCUUCAGGUUUGUAUUAUCGAGGUUUGGCUGCACUAUUGAUUUACUUGUCUCCCACACUUGGAGAUUAUCCAGUGACAUUUCCAGCAGUUAUGAAUAUGCAGUGUAUCCCAUUUGGUGAGGACGAUGGAAGUGCAUGAGCAUGAGGAUGCUACGUACAUUUGUACAGUGGUAACUCUGCUGUGCAGCUAUGAAUAUUUGGUUUGCAAUCGCAGGGAAAAGUUUGGCAACUUGCUACUCAGCUCACCACACACGAUACACGUAAAGUCAUUAUUUUGUAGCGACUAAGAUUUAUACAUGCCCAUUUGAAACUGUGAAUUGCUUUUGGGAAAAUGUUACCCAUUUACAGAAAAAAGAUAACUUUUUUAUUUUAUUUUCAAGACCUCGGACUUCACACUUGUACUUUGAAUGGUUCUUGCAAGUGAGAAGAUUGAUUAAAAAAACAGAUUUAGAAACACACUAUUGCUUUUUGCACUGUAUGUCAUAACAAACCUCAAUAACGGACCCAAAAAAAAGUGAAAAUGCAAACACACAGUAAACCAGCCAAAAUCAGCAGAUGAGACAGCACAGAUACACAGUGGACUAACAAUAAAUUAAGACAAAAAAGACAGUUUACAGCACAGUGGAAAACAGACGAAUCCAUUGAUGAUUCUAAACAGAUAAUGUGGACAACAUGACAAAACGGAGACACACAUGCGAGCCAGCGAAGUGACAAAACAGAUAUUCUGGACAUCAUGAUCGUGACGAAUACAGCAGGCGUCCUAAGACGUGUGUUUGCUUAUUCACCUAUUUUGUCUGUUAUUGAGGUUUUAUUGUAACCAGUUAUGAUGUAUGUCAAAAAAAAAUCUCAAAUCACAGUUUAAGUUAUGAAGCACUGUAAAUUGUGAAAUGUGCCAGUUUUUUACAUCAAACUGAGGUUUAUGUCUUGCCAAAGGUUACAAUUCUCUAUUACAUAUCUCUUGUAGUUUGCAUCUGUGAGAUAUUAAGCACGCCAUAGCGAUACUUUACUUUGCUGUGAUGCUGGGGGAAAACUUUCACUUAAUGUUUUAACUUUGAAAUUUUAUUAAAGAAAUAAUUACUCUUUUUUUUUCCCUCUUCAUUUUCUAUGAAUUUGACACACUCUGCAAUUUCCUAUUGUUAAUCGUUGUAUUGUUCUUUCUUAUUGUGCAUGGAAUAAUAUUAUGUUUGACUGAGAAUUUCUAUGCAGCUUUUUUUUUUUUAAUGUUUGUUUACUGUUUUUAUAUGAUCAUAUUGCACACCAGAAGUCUUGUGAACUAGGCCCUAUAGUUCUUUGGACAUGAGUUGCACAGAAUGGACCAUCAUAACCAAACAGAAGCCAAGUAGUGUACUGUCAAUUCGGCGGGCACUGUCCACUUACUCAUCAACUGUUCCAAAAACAUCACCAUCAUAGUGAUGCUGCAGCUAGUAUCUAUUGAAAAAAAGAUGUCAGGUUUGAAAACUUUCUCAUUCAGUGAGUUUUAAUGAGUUCUACUAACAGAAAUUCAUGCAUAGUUUCAUGGCAUGCAACUCCCCAUGAUUUUCAGCCAUGUCACCUUUUUUUUUAUUUUGUCGUGUUCUCGAACAAUUUUUCAGUGUCUUGCCAUGCUUCCAUUAAUGUAAUUUCGACCUCGAAUCCUGUUUUGCGUUGAAUAAAAAAAACUGUAUUCACAGAAGCCUGACAGUUAACAUUUUUUGAAGGACUUGGCACACGAAGGGAUGGUACCUCUCCCCACUUCCCGUACUCCCCCUAUCAUCCCUUUACCCCUCACACUUUCCACCCCUCACUGGCAGUUCGCAAGACAGUGCAGUGUAUAUUAUUUUGCCUUGUGUAGAAGCUCUAUAUGUAAGCUGAUGUAUAAUGGCCAUGUUAAAAAAGGUAUGAUGUAUAUUUAUAUUUUUAUAUUGUUUAUUCAUGCAGUAAAUUCUCAUUCAUGUAUGUAGAAGUAAAAAAAAUAUAUAUAUAUAUGUACACAUUAAAAGUAUACAUUCUAGUUCGACUAACAAACAGCGUUGUUUAAAUGAAUAUAUUGAAAGGCUGUAGGUUAGGUUAUAAGCAAAUAACUUGUGAACCUGUGUUUGUUAUUGUAUGUUAUCUAUAUGUUCUUUUACAUUUAUAACAUUUUUAUUAUAAAUUUUAUUUAAUCUAUACUCAAAUGUUUUCUUGGAGUUUUAUGUGUAUAUAAAAUAGUGUUUCAUUUAUAGGUAGUAAAAUUAUGGGAUUAUUGCAUUUUUAAAAGUUUUUAUUAGAGAUGUAAAAUUGCUAUUAAGUAAUGUGUUUUUUAAGAACUUACAUUAUUGCUUUGCUUAGUCUUCAUUACUUAUAAUUUAUAUUUCAUAAAAAUAAUUUAACAUUGAACUGAAAAAAGUGUAAAUUUUAAUGUGCCUUUUUCUGUUAUAAAUAACUGCAAACAAAUUUUUCUUUUUUUUUUAAUGUAUUUAUGGCUGAGUUGCAACAGGGUGCUACCAUAUAGCAAAUAUGCAUGUUUCUUAUGUUCUUCUUUGCCUUGGCAAGGUUAUUCAAAUUGCCAGGCCUUACAUUAAUUACAUUGUAUGAAUUUUGAAAACUUUUUUAUGCUACCUUCCUUUUUAACAACCAUUGCAGAUGUAAUAUUUUUGUGUUCAAUACAAUUUGCACUCUGGUUUAAUUAUUUGUCUUUGGAUUUAAAUUUCAGGUAUUUUUUUAAUUGUUAAAUGACAUAAAUUGGUUUUAUGUAUUAAACACUAAACCAUUUAUAUAAAGAAACCAAUGCACACAAUUCGGAUGUGAUCUAUUUCUAGCAUGUACCAGUACUAUUACUGUAGACUUCUAGCUAAACACAGUUUGGGGGACAUAACUUACACAUGUGUUAUGGCUAUAGACAAGAUUUUAUGGUCUUAUUUUUAUAAAAUCUGUUUCGUAAUACACCACCAAAAACUGUAAAAAUUAUAUGUUGCAUUUUUAUGAUAAAAUAAUUUUUAAAGCAGAUACAUUCAGAGCAAUAAAAAUAAAUUCAUGAGCAUUAGUGGUUUAAAGUGGUUUAACAAGAGAUGCACAAUAAUACCCUGUUUUAUCGCAUAGUCGUUGCACGCGCAUAAUCGUCGUACCGUUAUAACCUUUAUCUGUUCGUCUGUGUCGCCGCGGUGUACCACUUAUAAAAAUGUAGCCAACGCUAGUUGGCGUCAUUCAUGUUUGGUUAUGUUGCUUUCCAUAUAGAGCGCGCACAUGUAGUCGAAUAUCGAUAUCUCGCCGAUUGCAUGCAACGCGCGCUCUCUGUCGAGUGCCGAUUUAACUACAUUUGAUAGCCCGCACUCUUUCUUGGUAAGUGUGUACUACAUAGUUACGCGUUAGUUCACGUUACAGAUUAAAGUGGCUUUCGUUUAGGUCACAGAUUUUGUUUUUCUAUUUAAAGUUGAAGAAAGGUUUUUGUUGCUUGACUUAUUAAUAUAAAUUGUUUGGCGUUCUCGAGUACACUCCACUUGUUUUUUUAAUAAACGUACUUUCCAAGAAUGGGUUUUGUUUAUAUAAAUAACUUAACCUAACAAAAAUUUUUUUUUUUGCAUAAACAUUGAGCCCCUACUUUUCAAACUUGAUUUUAGUAUAAAAUGUGUGACGAUUAUGUAAUAUAACACGGUAAAUCUAUAAAAUCAAUUUUUUGAUGCAUGCACUUUGGUACAAUUAUUUGUCUGGAAAUAUUUCAAAUAUUAAAAGAUUCCGUUGUUUAUAAUUUGAAUUAAGUUUUGGUUAAAUCUACUUAAUUCCAUAACGUUUCUUGCAUUUCGUUGCUAUAUGGUGUAUUAACUUGUAUUUCUGUGUUAUGCAGUGUUUUGACAUGAUUUUCGGUGUUAUUUCAGUUUUAUCGCAAUUCACUAUGUAAUCUUGUCCUUAGUUAUGAUUUAUCCACAUUUUAAUGGGGGUAAAGCCAUACAGUAGCAAAAAAAUUAUUUAAUCUUUAAUGGAAGUGGUUUGGUGUGGUAUGCAUCCAGCGAGUGUGUAGAUAAAAGCAUGGAGGACACUUCGCUUAAAGUCACUAAUGACUUAAUACUGUCUGCACCCGUGUGUGGCAUGUGAAAGUAACAGUAAAUAUUCCCUUCAUCCUUGUGGACUAGCCCACCCCAUUAUGAGGCAUAUGUGAUCAUGUCAUGUAGAAGUAUACUUGUGGAAAAGUUAACACAGGAUUAAUACACUUUUAAAACUUACCUCAAAAAUAAAUGACCACAGUAUAGAACUGUCUGUUUCUCAUGAUGUGUAAAUGUAUUUGUUACUACAUUUGCAGGAUUACCUCACUUUGACUCGUACGUGUAUAGGCCUUCAGCAUACUUCUUGCCAUUAACUGUAGGCGUGUGGCACUCACCCAUGAUAUUUAACUUGUAUUCUUUCUUUGCAGAACCAAUUUUCGGUUAUACUCCUGCUGAAUAAGUUUGUAUUUUACGUUACAUUGCUGUACACUUAACGACUGAAAUGAAAAAGGAGCAGACAGACUUUACCUACGUUAUUUAAUUAUUGAUUCGGGAGGGGGGGGGGGGGGGGAGGUUAAAGUUAUUUUUCUCUUUAUUCAAAAAUGUUGCGUGAAGGUGGCGUUUGUAUUACAAAUUAAAUGUUUUACUGUUAAAAAAUGUUAAGUUUGUAAAUAUUAACUAUAAUCUAUACACAUAGGUUUUUGUACUUAAAGUUCAAUGUACAGUUUUCAGUAAUAUUGUACAGCUGCUUGGCCUAAUAUUUGGAGUGCAAAACGUUGAGUCUGGGCGCGUGGUGCAAUGUCGCUGCUCGACGCUAUUGAAUCAGGAGAUUGAAAACAUGCUUAUGUCAGUGAUCAGUGUUUAUAACCAAGGUUAACUAAAAUAUCUGAAGACUACAGAGACCUUAAACAUUUACAUGAAAUGUUGUGGAAAUUCCCCAAGGAAAAUGUCAUACUCGAGUCUGAAUUCACCCAUUACAUGAAAGCAUUUUUUUCUUUUUAACAUUUUUAUAGUCAUUCACACUAUAAAUGAUGUACACAAGUUUCGUGUUUGAACUAGAUCAGUAUGGGUAUGAUGAAGGCUGUUAUUUUUCUUAAGGAAAAUAACCAAAUAGAUCAAUUAUUUAAAAAAAAAUAUUUGUAAUUUUGGUAAUGGAAAGUUUGGGAAAAAUUAGGGAAUUUUAUUGCUUAUUUGUGUAUACACCUUGAAUAAAAAUAUAUCUGUACCUCAGAGGCAUAAGACAGUAUGUCACAAAAACAAUUUUUUUCAUGAGAGCAGUUUAAAGAAUUUUAGAGUACCUCACUUAUUUACUCAACUAUUUUAUAUAAAAAAAAUGUGAAUUUGUGACAGAUCGUAGAUCUUAAUAUUGUAUGCCACUUACGAUGGUUCAUGAUUAAAACGUUAAUUAAAAGUGCAUUUUGCCCAAAAGUAGACAUUGUAUUUUAUGCCUCCAAGGUAUAUAUAUUAUCUUCUUAUUUUUUUGAUUAAUUAUUUGCUGCAUUACUAAUAUCUAAAAAAAUAAAAAUUUACAUCACCAAUUUUUUGUAAUUUUAAAAAUCAAAAUUGAGGUAAACGCAAACCAUAGAACUUUUUUUUAUGGACAAGUAUAGAACACUGGCAAAAUUUUACAAUUUUCUAAAACAAAACAUGACAUGCACUUUAAUAUAAUCUUAUUUACACCUAGGCUUACUUAAUGUUUAUUUUCACAGUUAAGUGUGUGUAGGUAAAUCCAAAAUUUACAAAAGUACAGUAGUGACCAUUGUGAUGACAGUUUUGACUGUUCAUAUGGAUGCCUACAUUGAGAUUUUGCAGAAUAUACUGUUGUUUGCUUAGGCUUUGCAAACAAAACAAACCUUUCAAUUAAGUGCAGUGCCAACUUUACCAGUGUUUUGUAUUUUUUUUUUGUUGUACUUUAUGAACUAGCAAAGUUGGAACUAAGUUUUGCCCAGUGAAGCCAAUGUGGUUACCUUAUUGAAAUGAAGCUGCGUAGAGGUAAUUUUGAACUGAAUCUAUACGCAUGUUUAAAUUUGUUUUUAAGUCAAAUGUAAUUAGCAACAAUUAAUAAUGCUACUGAGAAUAAUGAGAUCAUGAAAAAAUUGCGCAUGUUCCCUAUUGAGUUUGAAGUCUCAUAUGAACCUCUGCAAAAAAAAAAUCAUCUAUUAGAUAAAUACUCAAGUCAGCAUCUGCUUUUGUACUACAAUCCAUAGUAGCAAUUGUUUCACAUAUAUUGUUAUGUACUUGUUUGUAUAUUUACAGCUUUCCUGUAAUGGAUACUAUAUUUAGCCAUAUUUUUAUUUGCAUCAAGUUUGUUUGUGUGUAGCUGAUCUUUGUUUAAAAGCUCAAGAUGAAAUAAACAUUUUAGCAAAAUGGUUA